AUGGAGGAGGGUUCAAAUCACCGGCACUUCCUACAACGCAAGACUAUUAUUGUUGCAGGUGGAGGUAUCGCAGGAUCAGCAUUCGUUAUUGGGCUACGGAAACUCUGGAGCCCACGGCUAGAGGAACCCAGGAUCAUUAUUUACGACCGGGACUCACCGGAUGUGAGCGCUCAACGCGAAGGUUAUACGGUAUCGCUUGCAGGUUACGACACUUCAGGAGGUCUCAUUGCCCUCAACAAGUUGGGUCUUCUUCAACAAACUCUAGACAAAGCUGUUUCUGGUCUCAACAAUGAGGGUGCAUUCAAAAUAUGGGGACCUAAAUGGAAUGAGCAAGCAUGCUUUCGACACAAGCCGCUAGAUGGAUUACCAUCAUCCAGUAUCCGUAUAACCCGAAAAGACCUUCGACAGGUUCUUCAUAAUAACUUGCGGCUUGAGGACUCGGUUCAGUGGAACUCUCGGUGCAUUGCAGUCCGCCAGCUCAAGAAUGGGCAGCUUAGCGUUGAAGUAGUCCGAGGAAAACCUGGAUUCGAAGUCAUCAGCGAAGAGAUCUGCGACGUACUCAUCGCCGCGGACGGCGCACAUAGCAAGCUGCGAGAGUAUCUUAGGCCUCAUGACAAACUUGAGUUUGCCGGAGCCACUCUGCGAGGCGGUAUUUCUCGAUUUCAAGGCCCUCCACCUGCUCCCGUGGACAAAGAUUGGGGUUUCAUGCUGUCUGGAACAGGUGUAUCCUGCUUUUUCUCUCCAGUUGACAAGCACAGCAUCGUCUGGGGUGUUGGGGCCCUAGAGACAGAACAAAUCCCAAACUUGGAUGCAAACGACGACAAAGCUAUACAAGAGGUUAUUGAGUGUGGCCUUCGGCUUGGUGACAGGCUGCAUGAGCCUUUCAACACAAUCGUGGGACACACAGACCCCAAGACUGUCUUUAGCAUGAAUGCGCACGAUAAGAUGCCGUUCUCUCACAAUGAUAGAAUGAAGACGGGGGUGGUUUUCAUAGGCGACAGCAACCAUGCAGUAAGCCCGUUCGCCGGCUAUGGGGCUAACUUGGCAUUGUCUGAUGCAUGGGAUCUCGCGGAGCGGUUCUGCUGUUCCAGCUCAAUGGAGAAUGCUGUAGCAGCUUAUGAUGAACUAUCCGUGCCACGUGCAAGAAACGUUCUAGAGGGCUCAAGACAACGGUUAAAGAUAGGGCAUAAGAAAGAAUAA